GUUUAAAAGACGAGGGGACCCUUCAGUCCUUUGCGUGUGACUCCACAACAGAGCAGCGGGGCAGCGUUGGUGCCACAACAACUAACUGCCAGUCCAACUUCCCAACACACCUCCGCUCUGUAGACCAGGUCUCCUGCCGCGGUUCUUCAAUCAGAACCUCCGCGCAACUCUUAUCUGCUCGCAGCCAUGUUUGAGACCAGAAGUGAUGACUUGUUCCUGCCUUCCCACCAAGACGAGGAGCUGGUGCACAACCUGCUGUCCAAUGAGGAGUCUGAUGGCAAUUGCGUUGCCAGGCUGUCACUGACUGAGGCCCUGCUCCCCCUUGUAGAGCCCCCCUCUCCUUCCCUCCUUCCCAUGGUCUGCUCCACCCGCUACAAGACCGAGCUCUGCACCACCUACUCCACCACUGGUUUCUGCAAGUACGCGCAGCGCUGCCAGUUCGCCCACGGCCUACAGGAGCUUCACGUUCCCUUCCGCCACCCAAAGUACAAGACUGAGUUGUGCCGUGGCUUCCACAUGACGGGUUACUGCUACUACGGUAGCCGCUGCCUGUUUGUCCACAAUGCCACAGAGCAGCGCCCUGCCCUUCGCCGCAGCAGGAACGUCCCCUGUCGCACCUUCCGGUCCUUCGGCGUCUGUCCCUUUGGCACCCGCUGCAACUUCCUGCAUGUGGAGGGCGGAGAUGUCGGCAGUGGGUCGGAGUCGCCAGAGGUUGCGGACGAGGUGCUAGUUUCCAGUCCCCAGCCCCAACAGUCGACCAGGGAGUGGAAGCCCCGCGGAGCUCUGUGCCGCACCUUCAGCUCCUUCGGCUUCUGUCUGUACGGCACACGCUGCCGCUUCCAGCACGGCCUCCCUAACAAGAUUCGAUCAGCCGACCAGUCUCCCGGCAGCUCCGGUCUACCUUCCCCCACCUCCCUCUUUACCUCCUCUCCAAUCUCUUCCACCUCCUCUUCUCCUCCAACAGCCUCUCCUCUCGCCACACCAUCUGCAGAAGCCACGGCCCAUAACGCCUUCACCUUUUCCAGUCAGCACCUCAGUGACCUGCUGCUGCCACUGGCCAUCCGCCUGCAGCAGCUGGAAAGCAGCAAGGGCCAGGAGAUCUGGGACAACAGGGCGAUCUAACUGGAUGUGUUGGCGUUUGAAACGAGCAUUGGCACUGAACACCAGCUCAAUUAAAGCCACUGUUUUUGUUUUUAUGACUUUUUUUUAAAAAUUUCUUUUAACCCUCCCUCUCUGGGAAAUGUAUUUAUUUUUUUUAAGUUUUACUUCAGAGCUUGUGUCAGGAGGUCAAGCAGGACUUUAACUGUUAAUUUGCUGAUUAUGCAGUCAAUAUGUUUUUGGUAUGUCAGUUGUCUCCGGAAUCAGUAGUUGCUAACAUGAAUAUGAUGCAAUUCUUUUUAAACUAUUGUAAAUACUUUAUUAAUGAACUGAGUAAAUGAAAUGUGACCUCAGAAUCAUGAAUAAACUAAUUUUAAUUUCAAA